GAAGAGAAUCCUUUCAAGUUUGAAACUUUUCCUCUCCAAUCCACAAUCAAAUUGAAGAUGUCGUCGCAGGAAACCGCCGUGAACCACCGCGAGAACGCCGAGGUCUUCACCGAUCCGGCGGUGUGCAAGCAGAAAUCGCUGGAGCUACUAGAGGAGAUCAACAUGCCGAGAGGGCUGCUCCCGCUGGACGAGUACGUGGAGGUGGGGCGGAACCGGGAAACGGGGUUCGUGUGGAUGAAGCAGAAGAAGGCGAAGGAGCACAAGUUUAAGAAGAUCGGGAAACUUGUGUGGUACGACACCGAGGUCACCGCGUUUGUGGAGGACCGCCGGCUUAAGCAUCUUACUGGCGUCAAGAGUAAGGAGCUGCUCCUCUGGGUCACGCUCACCCAUAUUUCGAUUCCCGAUCCCGACGCCGGGAAAAUUAGCUUCUCUACUCCGGCGGGGCUCUCCCGCUCCUACCCCGUUUCCGCCUUUGAAGAGGACGCCGCCGACGAUGAGCAGAAGUAGUGAGCGCUUUGGCUGGGGGUGUUUUCGGAAACCAAUAUAUUAAAAGAAUAAUAAUACGUUUUUUAUUUUUGUUGUAAUAUCGCAAUAUUUCCUGUAUUUUAUUUCAAACUAAUUAUUAAAUUUUAUAUCAAUUUACUUAUGUAGGAUAUUAUGUGGAAUCCAUUUA